UUUGGAUUUCUUCCGUUGUCCUCGUUUGUAAGUCGCUUUGGAUAAAAGCGUCUGCUAAAUGACUACUAAAUGUAAACGUAUGCUUCCUACAGUGGGUUAACGCUCCCGCUGAACCGGACGUGAUUCCUUCACAGUUGCACUGUUGUCAUUGCACGGUCAAUGGCGGACGGUGCUUGAGCGUUUAUCUGAAAAACGUAGGCUUGGCACAAAUAUACUUGAAUAUCGCCCGGCCAUUUAAAGCAUUUAGAUCGCACGUGUGUUUCGGCCCGUCAGCAUGGAUGUGAAUCUGACCAUCUCUCUGAUGCGGGGCCAGAUGGGCGCUGUUAUUGAGAAAGCCGUGAACAUCGCGGUGGAGACCGUGUUAGGAGAGAUGAUCCGGGUGGUCGGGCUCAAAUUCGAGGAGAUCAAACGGGAGAUGACCGCUAAAGAGAAGGAGAACGAGAACAUCAGGAGGAUGUUGGAGACGUCCCGCUGUCAGAUGAAAACCAUGCGCAAGUACAUCAGCGUCCUGUCUGCCGAAGAGCCCAGACAUAGACUGUAUCAGGGAGAUGGAGACAUGGCUACAACAUCCACAGGGAUGCACUGCAGAAGAGGGCCAAACCCCUGUCCCAGACCUAGAGUCUCUGAGCCAACCCCUGUAGCUGGACCCUCGUGGCUGAGACAACAGAUGCACAUUUCCAAAGAAACAUUAAGAAGUGACAGUCACAUUCCUGAGCAAGACACUGAAGAGACCCAUGCGUCAACAAUUCAUAAAGUUGUGAACUCAAGCUCUCAUCUGAUGGACAGUCAGGCGCUUCUGUCAGAGACCAUUGAUCCCAUCUGGGGUCAGAACCCUCUGGCCUCUGCAGAGACCGGACACACAGACAUGCCUGACAGCAGCGUCCUCUCUGCACCCAUGAUGGCGGAUGAAUGCAUGUCAUCCCAAACAACAAGCACAUUGACCUUUGGAGCACCAUCACUUAAAAUCAAACAGGAGGAGGCGGAGGUUGAAAUAGUCUGUGUGAAAGAUGAACCCGCAGAAGCUGGCAGCAUCCCUAGAUUUGAAUAUUCCACCGCUGAACUUCACCAGCCAGCGGGAGAACCAGAGCUAGGGGUCUCACUAGAUCUCCCCGCAUCAUUUCAAGCUCUUCAGAGUCCAGGCACUUCAGCAGACCUUGCAAUCCCAGCAUUCAUUGGUGUGGACCCGACUACCUAUGACGACUCUCAGCUGUCAGUGGCAGGGGUCCAAAAGCAGAUGCGUCCGAGACGUAAGGACCUGAAUCUGUAUGAAGAAUACAAACUCAGCCGGACUCUGAGAGGCCGCAACACGAACCGAGGCCGUAGUACAAACCGACGGCGUGAGCUGGAUCAGACUCUACCGCAGGCUCUACUUGCAGACUUGGUAAGGGAACGAAGGGAAAAGACUCGUCUACGAGUGGCCCGCUGGCGUGCCAAACGCAAACUACAAGCCUGUCUAAUGGCGUCGCAGGCUGCGCAGUUCAGUGGCGCUCCUGUGCAGAGUUCACCUGCCCAGCGUGGAGGCCUGAUCUCCACCCGCAGGCGAGGCGGAGCGAUGGCACAGCGCGGUGGGCUUGGAUUGAGAAGGGGACUGUCAGAGACUGGCACUUAUAACGUGCUUCUGCAGCUGGGGCCCAGUCCUACACAAUCAGCUUCGAUACGUGGCAUGAAUGAGGGUCUGAUGCCGUCUGGACCCUCAGCGCUAUCACAGCACAGAACCACUGCAUCGAGAUCAACUUAUCAAUGAUGCAGUGUUUAUUACGUAUUAGCGCGCUAGGUUGUUGUCAUGCUAAUGGUUAACCAAGUUAUAUUUUCAGAAGUGAGGCACUUUUACUAUAAACUUAGACUGAUCUGUGCCAACCUCAUAUACAACAUAAAUUGGACUAUUCAUUAAUGUUUAUUUUGACAUAGGGCUGGGCGAUUUAUUCAAAUUUAUUGAUAAAUUUGAAUUUAAUGGUUUGUCAUGAUUGUUUUCUUUUUUUUUUUUUUUUUUUUUUAUAAAUCGCGAUCUCGAGUCAAAUGGUGCGUUCAAGUCAUCUCGUAUAGAUCGUAUUUAUGAGUUGAAUGCACAUGAACGCCACCACAAUAUCGUAGAUACCAGUGGGGAGCUCGGGAUUUUCUUUUAAGUUGGGGGCGUGUCAGUGAUUAACAUGGCAGAAUAUACAAUACUUAAAGGUAUUUAGCUGUGAUUGUCAGGCUUUUCUAUUUACAGCGCAGUAAGUAAAUUAUCGACGACGCAUAACAUGAUGGCAUUAUAAUAUAACAAUGCAACUUGUAACAAUAAAGUUGGCAGUGGCUUCUUAAAUUAAUUUAAAACAUUAAAAAACGAAGUAUACCUAAUGCACAUUUCUUUGUUUUUCAUUUUCUAGAACAAGAGUUUAAGAAAAUAGCUGUAUUUUUGUGUUUUUAAUUAAGAGAAAGCACUCCACCAUCUUGCUCCGACCAAAGUGACUUGAACGCACAUGCCGUCGUGAGCACGACUUCCCUCCUCGUGCGUACGAACUUUCCAGGAGGACUUGAACGCACCAAAACAGUCAAGAUCACAAGUCAUCUGCGUCCAUGUUUUCUUAGAAAAACAUUUACAUCUAUUCAUUUAGCAGAUGCUUUUAUCCAAAGCGACUUACAAAUGAGGACAGUGGAAACAAUCAAAAACAGCAAAAAUAGCAAUUAUAUAUAAGUGCUAUAACAAGUCUCAGUUAGGUUAACACAGUACACGUAGCAAGGGCUUUUAAAUAAUAUGAUAAAUGAAAAGAAACCCGAUACAAUAGAAAAAGAAAAUAUGAAAAACAAUGAAAAAGCAGCGCAAUCAAUUUAAAAACCUGUUAAGAACUACAACUGUAUGUCUGGUAUUUUUUAUGUUUGCAUCAUUUAUCUUUCUGUAAAGAUAUUUAAAAAGCGAUGAAAGCUUCAUGCGUGGUGCACUUUGAAUAGAAUUUUCUUUAACUAGAAGUUUAAUACCUUAAUACAGAAAAGGUUACUUGAAUCGAAAAAUUGGCUAAACGUUCUGAAAAAAUUUAAUUUUAUUUUGUGUGCGUGUGUGUAUCGCCCAGCCCUACUUUUACCAUUGCAAACUGAAUGCAAAUUGAGUAAAAUUAAACUGUUUGGUUAUUUAGUAACAUUAAACAAUUGAAAUUGCACUAUAAUGUAUUCUAAAGUCAACUGAGCUGAAUAACUAACUAAAAGGUACAAAAAUUAUUUUCAGCGAUAAUGUAUUCAUCGGUGAAGACGCUGUGCUCUGCACACAGCGGAAACUGAUAUCUGUCCUAGAAGACAGUGUUAGCAUGACUGCCCUGGUUAUGUUAGCUGACGUGCUUGAAAGGUUUUUCCAUCUGCAGUGGUUUGAAAUACUUCAUUCAUUUAAAUAUAUUGUAGCCUAAAUUUUUCCAGGAAACGUCAUUGUUGACAAUUACCAUGCUGACUUUCGUCGACCAAAAUAAAUUGUAUGCCAGUGCUUUCUGAAUGAGAACACACAUUGCAAAACUGCUGUGUAAGCUGAUGUGUGUGUUUGAUUGUGACGUGGUUUAACAGAAAAAGCAGUGAAUGCUGUUUUAUAUUUGCUGGAA